AUGCGCAUCUCCCUCAGCGCUCUCGCCCUCGUCCCAACCCUUCUCCUUGCCGCCCCCCAGCCUCUCACAAUCUACACCUCUCCCGUCUCAUCCACAAGUAACACCCCGGCGACUCUCCUCACACUCAAUUACGACCCGACGACCCUAUCCGCAGAAAUCCUAUCGUACAACCCCCCGAAAGAUAUUCCGUCUGGUGACCCGAAAGCCACAUCGUCCCCAUUGACUCGAAUUUUCCUCAAUAACCCCUCCUCGUCACCGAGCGUCGCAACCUCGAUCCUAUCCUUCUCGCCCACCUACCAAAAGACGCUCAUACUGCACGUCGAUGACGCCGGCGAAAUAUACCACAUCGGGUUCGCGACAUCUGGUCGUGGCGUGCAGUCACCCCCGAACAAGGCGGGAAAUGGAGAGAACGACCACAGUGCGGCGGAAGAUGAGAUAUUGGUUGAAGUAGUAAAGAAAGGUGUUGGGCCGCAGGUGCAUUUCAACAAGCCGGUGGUCUUGAAUAAGGAGGGAAAGGUCGAGGGCAAGGAGCCAGAGAAGAGUUUCAUUCAAAAGUACUGGUGGGCAAUUGCACUAUUCUUGUUGAUACAGCUUGUGGCGGGAGGUGGUGGUGGAGACGAGAAGAAAUGA